CUUUCCGCUCGCUCCUCUCCGUUCAAUGUAGCAGAAAACAAUGACGGGCAUCGCCGCUGCCUCCUUCUUCUCCAAUACCUGCAGGUUCGGGGGCUGUGGACAGCAUUUCGAGUCUCUAGCCGAACUCAUCGUGCACAUUGAGGACAACCACAUCGACACAGAUCCCCGUGUGUUGGAGAAACAGGAGCUGCAGCAGCCUACUUACGUUGCCCUGAGCUACAUCAACAGGUUUAUGACAGAUGCCGCACGGCGAGAACAUGAGUCGAUGAAGAAGAAGGUCCAGCCCAAACUGUCUCUGUCCCUGAGCCGAACCAACGUGUCCACUCCACCUCGACACAGCAGUGGAAACCUCACACCGCCUGUUACACCACCUAUUACACCAUCCUCAUCAUUCAGGAGCAGCACACCCACAGGGAGCGAGUAUGAUGAAGAGGAGGCAGACUAUGAGGAGUCUGACAGUGAUGAGUCGUGGACGACAGAGAGCGCCAUCAGCUCGGAGUCCAUCCUCAGCUCCAUGAGUAUGAACGGGGGGGACGAGAAACCGUUCGCCUGCCCUGUGCCUGGCUGUAAAAAGAGAUAUAAGAAUGUAAAUGGUAUUAAGUACCAUGCCAAGAACGGGCACAGGACCCAGAUCCGUGUACGAAAGCCGUUUAAGUGUCGCUGUGGAAAGAGCUAUAAGACAUCUCAGGGCCUCCGUCACCACACCAUAAACUUCCACCCUCCCGUCUCUGCCGACAUCAUCCGCAAGAUGCAGCAGUAGAGCGGUCGCCGUGCCAACCAGUCCUCCACGUCGUCGUCAUUGAGGUCAUUGUGACCUCUGACCCCUGAGGCAGGAGCAGGGUCGUCCUGUCCCAGUCCUCUCUCGUUCCCCAAAAAUUACACUACACCUCCACUGCAUGCUCCUGUUUUUCAGUAUCAGUGUACUCUCUCAUCUAUGAGGUCUAUUUGACUAUUUGUGUAUUAUUUUCCUCUGCAGUAUAUAUUCAGAGGGUCUAUCUUAUUUUAGUGUUCACUGUUUUUGUAUUUUUGCACACUCAUACAUUUGGACAUUUUAAAGGUGCUUUGUCAGGUUUUAUAAAGAAGGAAAGAUGGAUGGACGUGGGGAGGAGAAGCAAACCGUUGUGCCGCAAUGAAUG